GAAACAGAGAAAGAGAGAGAGAGAGAGAGAGAAAUCAAAACAAAUAUAAUUUGGAAAGAAUAAACCGAGUUAAAAGAGAUUAAGAGAUUUGAAGAAAUGCAGAGCUUAAAUAUUUGAUUAAAUUUCUAUGGAAUUCCUUUUAGCUUACUAGGAAAUUCCGGAAGUUAAGUAAGGAAAGAGGAAAGUCGCCAUUUUGUGCUCAUUGAGGAGGAUAAAGACUUCGUGAAUGACGGCUUGAUUCAAGCCGAGUAAUCUUUCUGUAAUUAUUGUUCCUUUGUUUUUCCUUCGCCAUUUGUUCGGCUCUGCCGUGUUAAACAGCGUUGAUGAUUGGGAUUCCGCGUGACGAUCGACAUAAGAUCACGGUUAAAAUCCGCAACAAUAUGAAAAGGAGCUCUAGUCGUGACACUCCUCCGCGCGUCAAGAGAAGUAGAUCAUCGAUGGGACGAUAUGAUGAUUCCAGUGAUGAGCGAAUAACUCCUGAAAGAAUUCGCCGACGUAGUAGAGGUGCAAGAAGUCCCAGUCCUCCAACGCGUGCCUCCUCUCAUGCACGUUACGUAGAAUCAAGCUCCCAUAGAGAUGAUUAUUUAAGAGCACCCAGAGAAUUACCACCAGAGCGUCCAUAUAGUUAUAAAGUGCUUUGUAUCAGUUCAAUUCACCCAAAAGCAAGUGACGAAGUGAUAAAAGAUACUCUUUAUAGAGAAUAUAAGAAGUUCGGAGAUUUUUCUAUUAGAAUUUCUCAUGAAUUAGAUGAACGUGUCGCAUAUGUUUGCUUCAGAAGUUCAGAAGAUGCUAGAGAUGCAAAGCAUGCAAAACCAAGAAUCAUUAUGUAUGACAAGGUAGCACUUGUUGAACCAGUUUAUGAAAGACCUGAUACCUACCGACGUCCAAGAUCGAUCACGCCCCCUGAUUAUGAAAGAUACUAUGCCAGAAGUCCUGGUCCAACAGAUAGACAUAGACCUUUAGAAAGAUAUGAAAGAGUUUAUGGACCUCCAGUUGGUUUGCCUCCACCGCACAGAGAAAUGAGGCGUGAGGCAAUCCCUCCUCCUCAUCAUGAAUUUGUUCGACCACCAAUUCAUCAUGGCCCACCCCACGUUCAUCCUGGUCCACCUCAUCAUUAUGGCCCUCCAAGGCAUAUGAUGAUUCGACAUCCAGUUCAUGGAUUUGAACGCGUGGAGAAUAAAAAAGAUAAAUUUCCCAAUUAUUUACAUCAUGUUUCUCCAGAAGAUGACCCACUAGCGACAAGAACACUUUUCGCAGGGAACUUAGAGAUCAACAUUACAGAAGACGAAUUAAGACGUAUCUUUAGUAAAUAUGGAAUCGUUGAUGAUAUUGAUAUUAAAAGACCUCCACCAGGUACAGGAAAUGCUUAUGCUUUUGUCAGAUUUCAGACAUUGGAUAUGGCACAUAGAUGUAAAGUUGAACUCUCUGGACAAUAUAUAGGAAAAUUCCAAUGUAAAAUUGGAUAUGGGAAAGCUACACCUACCACAAGAAUUUGGGUUGGUGGUUUAGGACCAUGGACUUCUGUACCACAGCUAGAAAGAGAAUUUGAUCGAUUUGGGGCAAUAAAAAAGAUUGAUUAUAUCAAAGGCGAUAGUAAUGCUUAUAUCUUAUAUGAUUCAAUUGAUGCAGCACAGGCUGCUGUAAAAGAAAUGAGAGGAUUUCCUCUAGGUGGUCCAGAUAGGAGGCUGAGAGUCGAUUUUGCAGAUGUGACUCCUGGAUUUGGAUAUAAACCAAGACCCUACCCAGAAGAAAGUGGAGAAUUUAGACCAAGACCAGUAGAUUAUGAACCUCCUUACGAUCCUUACGGGCCAGAUAGUGAUUUUGGUUAUGGACCAAGAGGAUUCCGAGGUAGGGGAUCUGCACCUUGGCAUGAAAGAAGGGGCGGAGGAAGAGGGGGUUAUCGCGGGACUUAUCCAGAAAAUUAUAUGAGAGAAGAAGCCGAUUGGUCUAGCCGCAGACCGCCUCCAGAAUUAGAGUAUGAAACACCAAGAAGCUUACGUCGAUCUUUAUCGAGAGAACCUGGUGUAGAUAGAUCAAGAUCAAGAUCUCCUCGUAGAAGGCAAAUUGACUCUGAUUCCGAUUCAGAGAAUACUCGUAGUGGAAUGCUGUCUACUUCUCGAACAUUGCCCGAAGUGGCAAGGAAAUCAAUAGCAAUAUGGCAAGGAGCACUAAUCUUAAAGAAUUCUCUAUUUCCAGCUAAGUUCCAUUUAACUGAUGGUGACACAGAAAUAAUCGAGGCCUUGAUGAAAGAUGAAGAUGGAAAACAUAUGUUGAGAAUUACACAAAGAUUACGUUUAGAUCAACCAAAAUUAGAUGAUGUGUCAAAGAGAAUUCAAACUUCUAGUUCACAUGCUAUUUUCCUAGGACUGGCUGGUUCAAGUACAGUUAUAUCUACAGAUGAUGCUAAUGUUCAAACCAGGCCCUUACGCAACUUAGUAUCAUAUUUAAAACAAAAGGAAGCAGCUGGUGUCAUUUCAUUGCUUAACAAAGAUACAGAGGGAACUGGGGUGCUUUAUGCAUUUCCACCUUGUACAUUCUCUACAGAACUAUUAAAACGAACCUGUCCAAGCCUCAGUGAAGAGGGACUUAAGGAGGAUCAUCUGGUAAUCGUCGUUGUUAAGGGGGGUAGUGCUUAAGUUUCCUCGAUGAUCACAAACUAGAAUGGAUACAUGUAUAUACUGGCUGGAGUGUUUAGUACCAUUUCUCAUAUUAAAAAUGAGUUACAGUCUUUUAAAGAAAUACUUUAUAUUUGAAAUGUGCAAAAUUUUAGAAAAUUUAUAAUAUGAAUCUGUCUUAUGAUCUCUGUUCUCAUAAAUCACCAUAUUUACAUCGACAAAAAAUAUUUGUUAAAAAUUGUACAUUAUAUAAUAUAGAUUGAAAUUUUGUAUUAAAAAAAAAGAAAAAAAAAUGAGGGAGAAGGAAAGCUUAAACAAAAGGUAUUGAAACAAAGUAUCAAAAAUAUUCAGAGUAAACAUACAUGAUACAAAUUUUUUAAAUAAGCAAUUUUAUUAAUAAAUGUUAUGUAAAAUGAUACAUACGAUAGUUUGGAUUGUGAAAGAAAUUUCAAAAUAUAAAUUCAGGUAUCUAUUACAUUAUAAGAAAAUAUUAGAUCAAUUAGAUCAAUGUAAACAAUUCCUUUCGUACUCUUUUUCUUUUAAUUAUGAAUGUUUAGGGACAUCGAAAGGUUACUAGACGUACAAGCCUGUAUAUGCAUAAAAAGAAAUGAAAUUAUUAUGAAUCUGAA